GAUAAUGUCCAUUACAACCAGCCUAAACAAGUCCUCCGGCUGCUGCCUUGGUGGAGAUGGCGUUCCCGGUCCCGGUGGCUGUUCCACACCCGAGACCCAUCCGCCGUCUGGGCCGUCUCCACGUCACCCCCAUCCUCGCCGCCGCGGCAAGAAACUCCGGUCCACAGCCCCUCCCCGACGAGCUCCAGCUCGUCGCCGACGUCCGCUCCCCGCACAACCACAUCCGCGUCGCCGACGUCUCCCCGCGCGCUGCCGGCCACCCCCUCGCCGGCGCACGCCUCCUCCUCCUCGACGGCCCGGGCAACAUCCACUCCGUCUCCUUCCCUCGUCGCCCCUACCGCCCCCUCACUUCCACCUACUUCGACGCCUUCGCCACCCUCCCGCCUCUCCUCCCGCGCCCAUCCCUCGCCGUCCUCGGCUUCGGCGCGGGCUCCGCCGCGCGCGCCCUCCUCCAUUUCUACCCAGACAUAUCCGUCCACGGCUGGGAGCUCGACCCCUCUGUCAUCGCCGUCGCCCGGGACUUCUUCAGCCUCGCCGAGCUCGAAAGGGACCACGCCGGCAGGCUGUUCAUCCACGUCGGCGACGCGCUGGAGGCCGAGGCCGUGCCGGGAGGCUUCGGCGGCGUGCUGGUGGAUCUGUUCGCCAACGGGAGCGUGCUGCCGGAGCUCCAGAAAGCGGACACCUGGCGCCAGAUAGGCGGGAUGGUGGCGCCGGGAGGGAGGGUGAUGGUGAACUGCGGCGGGGGCUGCGUGGAGGCGGAGGAGGAGGGGAGAGACGGCGAGGCGGUGAAGGAUGCGACGCUGCGGGCGAUGGCGGCAGCGUUCGGGGAGGGCAUGGUAGCUGUGCUGAGUGUGGAUGAAAGUUGGGUGGCGAUGACAGGGCCGGUGGCGUGGACGUCCGAGGCGGCGGCGGCGUGGAAGGCUAGGCUGCCGCCGGAGCUUGGCCACUAUGUUGAUAUGUGGAAGCCGUACAAUGGCAAUGGUGAUACAUGAAUACAUGGGGAUUAUGCGGUGGUUCUCGGUGCAAGAAUGCAGAGUGAUUUCUGUCACCUUCAGGGCUACCGUCUUGAUCUGCAUGUGGUCCUUACUCACUCCUGUGGAAACCAGGUAGCCUUUGGUUACUGGGUGUGCCCGAUGGGAGAUGGUAGCUCAGGCUAUCUUCAGCCGAUAUGGAUGGCGACAUGCUGAUAGAAUAGGGAAUUAGUCAACUACUCCUAUUCAUAUCCUCGGCUUAGGCGUUGAUCGCCUUGUAAUUUCUUUUUUUCUUUACUUUCGACUUUGUACCUAUUUUGGAUCUUUUCAGUUAUUAAAUAAAUGGCUGUAUGCAUCACUUGAUGCAGAGGCCAGGGCGAGACCUCCUUUUCGAAAAAAAAAAUAUAAAUCC